GGCCGGAUCCCGGGAUCGCCAAGGCCCCGGGACAGAGUCUGCAGAAGCGCGACGUUUCAUUGACAGCAGUCAGGGCAUGGAGCACAGCCACCGCGGCACUGGCUACCACAGCCUGGGAGUCGACGAGGACAGAGAAGAACUGCAUGAUUUGAAGGCUACCAUGACCGCGGAGGUUGUAAGCAGGGAAGAGGGGGGUACCGAACCUGAGCCCGGAGCAGCAGCAGCCGCAGACUACCUCGGCGCGGCAGAGCCCAACCUCCUGGACGACGAAAACCGUGAGGACGUCGGCCGGCUCGAGCCCCCGCAGCAGCUGCAGCUGGAGGAGCCGGCUCCCCCGGCCGCUGAGGGGCCACAGAUCGUGGCGAGAAGGCGGCGCCGCUACCGUACUGUGUUCACCGAGUUGCAGCUACAGGAGCUGGAGAUCGUCUUCCACCGCACUCAAUACCCCGACGUGUUCGCGCGAGAGGAGAUUGCAGGUCGCCUGAAUUUGACUGAAGCCAGAGUGCAGGUCUGGUUUCAGAACAGAAGGGCCAAGUGGAGAAGGCACCGUAGGGCACUCAUGUUCGGAAAUCUGGCCCCCGUUGCCUUGGGCCCCCCUGUGGGGGUAAUCUUUGAAGGGCCCUAUCAUGCCCUCCCUCUCCUAGAGCCUGCCUGGGGAUGCAUUCCUGCGGUGCCACAGCCAGUCAUGCCACCCAGGCCCCUCCAGCCACUUGUGCUACCUGAGCCACGACCUCUGCCACUCAGGCCACAGCCUCUGCCACCCAGGCCACCCAUGAUGCCUGUGCCACCCCCACCACCUGUGGCUCCCUUUGCUCUGGCCCCUGUAGGUGUGGCGUGGGCCCCUGUCAUCAACGGUCAUUACGCAGGUCCCAUUUUCUGAACACGGUGUGCAUGGCAUUUUUUCCCCACGUAUCUUUCUGCCAGAUAUAAAAUUGCACACAGCACAUCAAAGGAAUUCAUCCAAAACCUGUUAAAUGAAUUGAGUAAAUGAACAAAAUCAGCUCCUGUUGUUUGGGGAGGGCACAUUGUAGUUUAAAUAAAGACGCAAAUUGACAACA